AUCCUCAGAUCCAAAAUAGGCAAGAGAAGAGCCAGGUCGGAUGAUUCCGGACUGAAGAUCGGGGGAAAUCGAAUCGAGCGAAUUAUAUCCCUAUAGAGACGAUUCUUGCGAAAUAAAAUCUCACAUAGGUUUAAUUGUAUAUAGCCGUGAGGCACCAUAUAUAUAUGAAUACUAUAUAUUUAUCAUAUUUCAUCUUUCUUUUCUAAAUCUAGGGAAAGUUACGGCUCAUAAGAUGAAGGUGCUAAUUUUAGGAAUGCCUCGCACAGGCACCCAAUCCCUCGCGGAUGCGCUUGGACGACUAGGAAUCGCGCCUGUGUAUCACAUGCGCGAGGUGGGCAAGAACAAGCACCAAACCCUCUGGAUCGAUGCUCUGGACUCCAAGUUUGAGGGUAAAGGAGAGUCUUUCAAUCGCGAAAAGUUCGAUCGGAUCCUUGGGCCUUACGAGGCCCUAGCCGACUACCCAGCAGCAAUCUUCCCAGAGGAGCUCAUGGCUGCGUACCCAGAGGCAUCCGUCAUCCUCUCAGUACGGCGCUCAGAGGAUCAAUGGCUGGCUUCGAUGGAAUUAACACUCUGGCACGCCCACACCCACGCUCCUUCCCCUAACCCUUCCCCCAUGGCCCCUUUAUCUGAGAAAUAUCACCGCCACUGCUGGAACAACGAUCUCCCCGCUUUCGGACGUGCCGCUUACCGCGCCCACAACGAGCUUGUGCGCCGGCUAGUCAGUGAUCAGGGACGGCGGUACCUCGAGUACACUCCUGGGGAUGGGUGGGCGCCGCUUUGCGCAUUUUUGGGCGUGGAAGAGGGGAUGGUGCCUGGAGCCGAGGAACCGUUCCCGAGAAGCGAUGAUUGGAUCGAGUACAAGAGGGAGGUGAUGAAAGAGCAGGGGGGAGAGAGGAAGGGGGGCUAAGAGAGUGAUUACUAUACAAUAAAAAAUUUCUGGCAGUGUAAAAGCUAAUCUCUAAGUGCUCGACGGCGGUGUUUCAGUUCUGUAGGACGACUCAGGAGCUUAAGGGGGUACUCUAGCUCUCUGAUGAAAGGCUUAGGUGAGUAGGAAGGAAUAUGGAUGACUCGACAUAAUCCGACUUCGGUUUAUCUAUUUUUUUAUAUCAUAGGAUACUAUGUAGUAUACGAAAAGCAAAC